AUGGCGGCCGAGUCUAAUUCUCGAAAUAUCAAGCAACCUGAUUCAGUUUGGGAAUAUUGUGGUGUGAAUCUAACAAUUCACAACAUAAUUAUUCCUGAGGAACGUUUAUAUCCUACCCCUUCGCAGUUAGACAAGAUGGAUUAUGAGACAGAGAUUGACUUAAGGAUUAUUGGGUGUGAGUUGAUCCAAGAUUCAGGGGUUUUGUUACGACUACCUCAAGUCGCUAUGGCUACUGCGCAGGUGUUGUACCAACGAUUUUUCUAUUCGAAGUCAUUUGUUCGACAUUUCUAUGAGCACUAUGCCAUGGCAUGUAUAUUUUUGGCUGCAAAACUUGAGGAAUCUCCUAGACGCAUAAGAGAUGUAAUCAAUGUUUUCCAUCAUAUAAGACAAGUUCGAGAUAAAAAAACACCAACACCCGUCAUUCUCGAUCAAAGCUACAGUAAUCUUAAGAAUCAAGUUAUCAAGGCUGAAAGACGUGUUUUAAAAGAAUUAGGAUUUUGUGUUCAUGCCAAACAUCCUCACAAGGCCUUGGACCAUGAGAAUAACAAAACCCUUGUACAAACUGCUUGGAAUUACAUGAACGAUAGUCUUCGAACUGAUAUAUUUGUACGUUAUCUUCCGGAAGCUAUUGCAUGUGGUUGCAUUUAUUUGGCAUCAUGUAAGCUCAACAUUCCACUACCACGCCAUCCAGCUUGGUGGGAAAUGUUUAGUGUGAGCGAAGAAUCGGUACACGAAAUUGCCUUGUGUUUACUGCGUUUAUAUGCUCGUCCAAAGGUAGAUGUUGGAAAACUUGAGUCAAUAUUAGCUCAACUCAGGAAAUCCCAAGCAGAAGCAAAGGAACGAGAAAAUGAGCUCAAAAAACAACAGACAGUAACAACAUCUCCAAGUACCCGAUCCGACCACAGUUUCGGUUAUAUCUCACCUCCAAAUCAUUUAUCGAAAUCCAAAAUUCAAAACAAGUCUAAUGGAAAUAAAAAGCCAGUAGACAUUAAAGUUGAACCGGAAGAUUCUAAUAUUACUUAUCCUUCAAACUCGGUUUUAGCAAAUGCCUUAGCUAAUGCCAAAGCAGUCGCAGCGACGAUUACGGCAUCAAAAUCUGGCAUGACCACUGAUGAGUUUUCAAAGCUUGGUAAUGACUCGUCAAUUAUUCCACAUAAAUGCGAACUAAGUGGAGAACCAGUUUCACCAGAAUCUGCGGAAAAGUUGGCUGAAUCUAAUCAAACAGAUAAUAUAUCCGACGUUUCGAAUAAAAAGCCUGAUAGACCCGCACAAGAAAAUCCUGAGACCAAACGACGACCAAUUAUUCGACCAGCUGCUUACUCAAAUAUUCCUUCUCACACAGAAUCAGACAAAAGGCAUCGACAUCACCGGCACAAAUAUUCAUCUAAGAAGCAUCAUUACAAUUCGAUAUCUCCAUCAUCUUCAUCAACUGACCGAGAAAUUGAUCAGAACCGUUAUAAUUCAGUAAACAUGAUGACAAACAACUCCAAAUCUCGUAAUUACCGACAAAAAUUAAAUGAUAUAUCAUCCUCUGGCUCUGAAACAGGCGAUAGUUCUUCGAGUCCUAACAGACACAUGGUCACUGUGCACGACCGCAGAAAAAACUAUAAUAACAAACGUAAACAUAUCCCACGCUCCUCGUCAGAGGAUUCCCAAACGUCUUCUCUCAGUGACGAACCUCGUUUUUCCCCAUCCCACCAUAAUUUGGCAAAAACUAAACGUAGUCGUCGUCAUUUAUCACCACCCUAUGCCUAUCGAAUCGAUUAUGAGAAGUCACAUAAAAGCAAACAUCGUUCAUCAUUGCGAUCUGAACCAAAUGGUGAAAGUGGUCGUAUAUUACGCGAGCACUCUAACCAUCGUCUAGUUUCGAGUCGGCAUCGUGAUCAUCACCGAAGUCUGUUUUCACUGAGGGAAAUCAUCAAUUUGGGGAACUCAUUCCCAUCUUUUAUUCGGACUGCUUGUCCUGUUCAUAAAUCGUGAAGAUGGAUAUCUGCAGAUCCGUCCCCAAAAUCUUGUAUCAAAAUUGCAUGGAUUGUGAAAUCUGUUUUGGCUUGGGAUAUUAAUGAGUUAUGAGGUAAACUUCGCAAUUUAGACAAACACAAUGCUAAAGAUUAUGAGAAUCUCAUGUCCAUAUUUCUUCUUGAAAAAAUCAUUGGGAAAAUAGUAAAGAAUUAUGGGUUGGUGGUGACCGGCAAAUUCCAUCAUCACUUUAUGCUGGUACAAGAUGAGAUGUGCUAAUACGGAUAAUAUUUGAUGGGAUACACUAGCCAAUCUAAAAUGUCGGUUUCACUACGGUUUAAAAUUUUUUUGUCUGAGACACAGGCAUGAUUUUUUUUUUGAAAGUUGUCACCAUUUCUGUAGAAUUGUUCUCAUUCAGUUACAGCCGUUUUAGUAAUGUCAAGAUUGUGGAUAUCAACACAAUAUUAGUCACUCCGAUGAAGUGAAUUGUUACUGAAUCAUAUGAAUCUAUUUACUUAAUAGAUUCUUUUAACCACUUAACAACUCAAAACAUUCAUAACAAUUAGGAAGACGUGUUGAUUAAGGUAAAUGGUUUAAAUAGCCUACAAAUCGGGGACCGAACCUAAUACCUACAAUUAUCACGGAAAGUAUGUUAUUAUUAGACAACUGAUUGACAAUUUAGUCGUCCAGAUAUCGGGUUGCUAUAGUGAUCCAAUCUUAUUGCUAAUACUGGUGACAAUUUAAUCCCAUUAAUAAGAGACAUCCGUCUGGUACCGGAGCUAGUCGCUUGUAAGUACAUGUUUAGUUAGUCAACUGUCGGUUUUUAGCUAGUUCUCCAGAUUUUAAAAGUAAAUAAUGUAAUAAGGUAUUUUUCGAUUAGAAAAACGAAACCGAAUUCAUUGCUCAUUUAUGUAAAUUUGGUGUUAGUUUAUGACUAAGCUAAUUUUGACAAGGUUCAUUCGCUGUAUACUCAUUGGUGGUAAUUAGCUGAAUACAUACAGUAGCUUUAGUCUCUUUUGUGAAACCACAAUUCCAUACAGCAAGCAAAAAGAAACUUGUACAUCUUCGAUUGUAGAAAGUAGUUCAGAUUAUAAAAUAGUUUAAAUGCAUGAUUUACCUACUCCUGAAAAGGUUUCGGUUUCUAGUUAACAUUAACUUAUAAGUUGUAGGACAACAGGACUUUUCUCAACCACAGCACAUGUUUUGUUUUAUUUUCUCGUAAACUCGAAUAAAAUCUUUGAGAUAGCAGCGUUUACGUAAAUAUUCAUUAGUUUUAUUAAGGUAUGAUGAAUUACAACGAAAGGAACUAAAUCAGUAACACUUAUUCUCCUUUAAUCUAAUCGAUAAUAGAUAUUGUAUUUUGUCGUUGUUAUUUUGUUGCACAUUAGCAUUCAGAUAUAGUGUCCAGUUAUCAUUAAGUGAUCAGCUUCACGAACGAUUGCUACUACAAUUGUCAUCAAUCUACUAUCUUUGUUGAUAAAUCCACUUGUCUCUUAUUUUUACCAGUACUCUCCUGUUAACAUGUAGAAAUUAUGUACUUUUUCAACAAACUGAUGUUUUUUUUUUGAGAUUCAUGUAGAAAUGCAUUGAUCUAAUAAAUUUGCUAGGUUGUGAU